AUGUGUUCAGGGAACCCAUCGAUCGGGCUCGACAGCAUUUACCAGAAGCAUGUCUACUCGCGGCUGGCACCUCUGGAAGCUCCAGAGGCCGCCGGCGACUCCAAUGACAGCAAGGGGGAGGCGAUAGUGGCGGCAGCGGUUUUUGCAACACUACAGCCGGCGGCGGCAGCAGCUGCCCAGAAGGGUGAUGACAGUGCAAGCGCACAGAAGGGUGGACAGAAGAUAUCCUCCAGGCUAGACACCGACCUGACUGCAGACAGCGUUGCAGUGGUGAUCGAGGGCGCUCUGGACAGAACCUUGACAGAGGACUCCGGCGCGCCUGCAGCAGCCGCCGGGGCUGCUUCCAGACCCAUCGGUGACCCCCACGUCGAGCGGAACGCCCUCAACAUCACAGCAGCUGCACCCAGGACAGGAUCACCACAGCAGACUGACCCUGCUGCUGUCAAUGCUACGCCACACCAUGCACAGCCUAUGGAGAAGGGAGGAAGCGGCAGUGACUUAGGGCACACAGUGCAGGCAAGCAGCAGCGGUCAGGCCGAGGGGGCCGCUACAGCUCCGGCAGUGAGCCAAGACGGCGGCAAACACAUGGAGCACUUGUGGGCUGACACGGAUGCGGCGCUGACGAUGCUGCCGCCGACAGCGGCGCGGGGGCCAGAUCUGGCGAUCGGGCUGCUGUGGGCGCUGCCUGAAGAGGCACGGGACACCAUAACCUCCGCCAAAACAGGCGCAGCAGUGCAUAAUGGCGGCAGCGCAUGCAUGGAGAAGGAUGCCCUGCUGGCGUCCAGCCUGGCGCAUGCGGCCGGCAGGAACACCACGAAGACCAGGCCAUGCCCGGCAGCGGCCAAUGGAGCUGACGAGACGAAGGGUGCCGCACGCGCGCAGACGGCUACAGACUCCACAGCUGCUGUAAGCAGUCAUUCAAGCGUUUGCCGGAACAGGUCGGCCGUGCAGCAAGCGCCGUCCUCAGUGAAGCUUGCUGCGAGAGUCGCGCGACAAGCGGGAACAGGAGCAGUUGCGCCGAGGCAGGGCCGACGAACCACUCCUGCUGCAGUUGCUCGUCUAACGCGGUCUGUGAGCCUGGACCCCAGGGACAGCGCGGCUGAGAGGCAUGCCGAGAGCGUGCGGCGGCUUCAGCCAAGCUCAGCGGAGGACGAGAUGUUUCUGUGGCAGUCGCAAUGGCGGCUGGGGCAGCUGCUGGACAGAGGCUCUUUGAAGGCUGUGCCUGAAACCUCUACAGGAAGGGGAGUGCUACCGGUGCAAGGCAGUGUCUGUGGCCGGCCUGUGUUUGCUUAUUGCCUGGAUGCAGCAGCGUCUGAAAAUGCCUCGUGCGCUGAUCAUGCUUCCCGCCAAAUCCUUCACCUCAUGGACAUGGCUGUGAUGACUGGACAUCCAGUCAUUGCCAUAUACAGCGGAAGCGCCUCUCCUCAGCCAUCCCAUGGAGCAGCAAUACAGCCCUGGGCAGACCUGCUCCUACGCCAGAUGGAUGCAAGCGGAGUGAUCCCUCAGCUCUCCGUCAACCUGGCAUCCCCCCCCUCCAGCGAAGCCUUUGCGCUGCUGAGGAGCACCGCAGACUUCACCUUCACAGUGCAGCAGCCGCAGCCGCAGACAGAGCCCAGGGUCAGCAACCCGGUGGCAUCAUCUGCCAUGCAAUACACAAGCAGCCAAAGCGCGGCGCGCAUGCCGGAUGAGUCACCGGGAAUGACUGAUCGGUCAUCAUGGGUGACGAAUCAGUCAGCGAGGGUGACUGAUCGCGCUGUGACUGGCCGGCUGUCGGCGAGCACCGCGGCGCUGGCCGCGUCGGGGGCGGGGCGCCUCGCGGCGUUCCUGCACGCCUUCAUGCAGCAGUCCCUCGGCCUCAUUGCGGCGCUGGUUGCUGCUCUGCAGUGCGCUGUGCGGCCGGUGCAGGCUACCUGCGAAUACGGGCCUGCACCUUCUCGUGGCGUGGCGGACGGCCAGCUGGCGGCGGUGUGCAGCACAGAGAGAGAUGCGCUGCGGAGGGUUAGGGAGGUUCUCAUGUACCUGCCUGCCUCCAACAUCAGCCCAGCUCCAACAGUUAACUGCCUGGACUCCGAGCAACGCAUGUGCCAGAAGCUGGAUGCCUUGGCGGCUGAUCUGCACAGGGGCGUUCCUGUCUCAGCAGACCUCAUUGUCAGGGACAUCGUGGAUGGCGGAAAUGUCUGCCAACUGGCACUGGAGGGUUUGGGCAGCCCGGCAGCGCUGGGUUUUGCCCGGCUGGGCAGCAGAGCCGUGGGUAUCCUGGCGUUCCCUCCGCUCACACAAGCUCUGCACACCUCGCCCCGCAACAAUGUGCCCAUCAGGGCGGCUCGCUUCGUGAGGUUCUGCGAUGCGUUCAACAUGCCAGUGGUCACACUCCUGCUGCCCCACCUCAGCUCGCCUGCCAACAGCAACUCCGACAUGCAAGACAGUGCCCAAGGAGACAGCGCCCGCGCACUGACAAACCUCAUCUUCGCCUUCUCAGAGGCCACUGUGCCCAAGCUGACUGUGGUGAUGGGCGCUGGCGAGCCAUCAAGUCUUUUCCAGUGCUUGAGGAGCGAUGUUGUCUUGGCCUGGUCAGAGCGCGGCCUGCCCUCCGCUGCUGAGGAAGGCGGCGCCGUUCGCAUCAUCGAGCCCUGUGCCACCCGCGCUGCGCUGUGCGCUGAAUUGGCGGUCCUGCUGCAGCCGCGCGUCGUGGCGCGGCCCCGGCGCAAGCAUGCGCUGCUGCCCCUCUGAAACACAAGUAGCGUAUGGGGGUUCAGGUAAUGUAGGGUGACACGCAUGGCGCAAGGCAUGCAUGCGCUCCUGCCUCUGUGACCUACAUAAGAAUAGCAUGCACGGCGCACUGAAUACCUCUGAUCUCCAGUAGGGUGAGGGAAUGUGAGGGUUGUAUGGUUGCUGGCGCAGCACGCACUGCGCAAGCAUGCGCUUCUGCACCCGUGAACUAUGUUUGGGUAUGGGGUGUUGAGGACUGUAGGGUGCAGCCAUGGGAAAAGCUUGCUCUACUACCCCUCUGAAGUGCAGUAGGGUAUGGGUUUUUAAAGGGGUGUAGUUAGCUGGCGGUGCAUGCACGGCGCAUGCAUGCAUGCACUGGUGUCAAUCUGACAGGAGAUGUCCAAUUCUGGGUGUGUUAGGAGGGAUGAGAAGAAUAUUUCGGGUUUCAAAUUGAUACUCUCGGAGCUGUCCUGAGGAAAAUUCAGCUGGCAGCAAGGGCAUCUUUACAGCAAAAACCCGUCGUAUCAGACAGUCGCAUCUGUAGAAAUGAGGCCAAGUUCUAGAUGAAAACUUAUUCAUGCCGACUGUGCAUCAAAUGAUGCCGCAGCUAUCUACUGCAUUAUUGAAUGACGGUGAAUGCCGUGUGUGCAAGGUAUCUUGAUUGGGUGAUAGUUGCACUUGAGAUACAAGGCUUAGGCCCAUUGUUAUUGUAGGAUUGUGGCAGGCUUUCUUUGUACCAUCAGUUUAAUUGUUGAGUCAUACUUACUCCUGUACAUAUGUGACACAAGUCCAUGAAAGGGAUCGCAUGAUAUUCUAGGUUUCCCUCGUUGAGAUUGCCAUUUCAGUGCUAGGCCUGGUGUGAGAACAGUGUUGUGUGUAAGCUUAACCAGAUUUG